ACUAGAAGGGUCACUAUUUGGGAACAAUGACCGCCUAGAAGCAUUCAUGCGGUGGCACCUCAUUAAUUCGGAACAAUGACCUUGAACCUUGAUACUGGGAUCUACAUAUAAAGAGCGCCUUGUCGUCUUCCUAUCAAUACAGGCUCUAUCGUCUUCGAUCCCGCUUGGUUAAGCUCUCCACGUCGGUGCUAGGGCUCUUUGAACGAUUAAACGCCCUCUAAGAAUAACAGGCGCCAAUACAGUAUUCACUCAGACUAGGGAGCUUGCUACACCAACCAUAUCGGCGUCGAGACCUUCAAGAUCAUUAUUCCAAUAAACAUGUCGAUCGAAUUCCUUCCGAUCCCAUUGCCUCCUAGCGCCGAUGCAUCGAAACUUUCUGAAUUUGGAAGAGAAGUGAGAGGGUUCGAUCCAGGGAAAGAUUGGACGGAGGAUGAGUUUCGGGAGAUCGAGGAGGGGUUGUAUAAGUAUGAUUUGCUGCUGUUUAGAGAUUGUGAGUUUCCGCCGGAGAAGCAGUUAGUUUUGACGCAGGCCUUCGACCCGACCCAAGUCUCCUACGGCCACGACCACGACUCCGCCUCCGCCGCACGCUCCAUAAUCCUCCACCCCGGAGUCAAACACAUCCCGCAUGUCCCCCAAGUCCAGCUCAUCGGCAACGGACACAUCCCGCCUGAGCAUACUUAUGGGCUUUCCGAUGGAGGUGAGGAGGUGAGGAUCAGUCAUCCGACGCAUACGACGUUUCAUAGGACGAGGAUUGCGGAGGAUGAGCUGUGGGGUGGAGAUGGUGGAGACGAUGAAAGUGGAGACAAGAGGAAGCGAGCGACUCGAUUCAUGCGAUGGCACAUCGACGCCGCGCUCUACGACCUCUCCCCACCCAAAGUAACGACCCUCUACGGCGUCGUCGUCCCCGGCUGCGAGUCUCCGGGCACAAUCCUUCAAACAUGCCGCUACGACGACGGGACGCCCGAUACGCUCGACGUUUCCACCGCCAGCACCGUCUUCAUCAGCGGAAAGAACAUGUUCGAGGGAUUGGAGAGGGAGUGGAGGAGUGUGGCUGUGAGAGGGAGAGUGAGGUAUGCGCCGUAUCCGUAUGUGUGGAUGAGCACGGCUAGGGCGCAUGAGACGGGGUUGGGGAUUGUGUGUGAGGGGAGGGAGGUCCCGUUGGAGGAGUUGCCGGAGUGGAAGGAAGAGAGGGUUAAGGUAUUGCCCUUUUUGUGGAAGAACCCGAUUACUGGUGAACUGGCGAUGCAGGUCCAUCCAUGUGCCGCUCUUGAACUUAUCAUCGACCCCCUCCCUGCUGAUGCACCGAGAGACGGCGCUCUAUACCCCGACGGGGCACAUAUCAAAGACCUCAAAGCCGUCCGCGACUUGUUGUAUAAAAUGCAGAGACCCGCCAUUGCGCCUAACCUUAUCUACCCACACGACUGGCGCCCGAAAGAUCUUGUUCUCUUCCAUAACCGGGGGGUCAUGCAUUCCGUGACUGGGUCUCUUAGACCUGAUGAAUUGAGGGUUUUUCAUCAGUGCAAUUUGGCGGCUUCGGAGGACCCGGAGGGACCGAGUGCGGAUGAUGUGAGGAGGUGGGCUUGAGCGUUGAGGUUUUGGGUACGUAGCGCUGUUUUAGGCUGGUGUGGCCCCGAGGACGUGGGUUUGAGAAGGUUCGGGAAAGAUCGGAAGAUUCA